UGGCAAGUGGCAACAUUUAUCGAUCUAUCACUUUGGUGGUACAAAUUUAACAUUGCAAGGGUUAAAAUGAAUUAACGAAGUAAUAAAAAAACCAAUUAACAUUAAAAUUAAACAAAAUAAUAUUACAAUUUUGGGAAAUGAAAUUACGAAAUAGCAAGAAACAUUAUCCAAUAGCAGGAACAACAAAUAGAAAGAAGCCAAGAAACAAAACCAAAAGUAAUCACGACCAAACUACAUCAAAGACGCAAGAAAAGAAGAAAGAAAAAGAGCUGAUCUGCAAGAUGACGGAUGAGAAGUAGAAGAGAGAGAAAAAGAUGAGUGACGGAAUAAACAAGGAGGAAACGAGGAGGAAGAGCGGAUCUGCAACAUCUUCGAAGGCGGCGACGGCACUUAAUUUUCUGUCCAUGGUUUCUUCGUCGUCAACGGAUCUGCCACCGCGCGACUGUCGCCUCACCUUAUUCAACUUCCGCGCCCCGCCUCCGUUGUUCCGCCAAGGAGCCGCGUCAUUGUUACAGGGAAGCCUUACUCGCCUAUGGUAUGAAAGAGGAGCCUGCGUUUGUCAAUUGUCAACAGCGAACAUAAAGGAAAUACAGAGUAAUUUUGGAAACACGGAAAAAUAUGGUCUUAUUUAGGUAUAAAAUUCAUUUAACUCCUAUUUAGAUACAUGAGGUAUGUU